AUGGCUCAGAUCAAAGGACUGAAUGCCCACGAGCGUCCUCCAGAGGCUGUGCGACAAUGCUACAAAAAAUACAGCAGGUCAUCUAUUGCAGAGAUCGACCAUGAUCCCGGGGUUUUGGAUCUCCAACGACUGGACGAAGAAAGCCUCCCCGCGGGCAUCUCCGUCGCCCAAUACAUGUCGAGUCAAGACCUUCGUCUGGCAUUCGAUGAUUUCAUCUGCGGAGGACAUGCCACGAGCCUUGAGCAUGCCCCCUUGACUGAGAAUAUCCCGGUCUUCACGCACAAUGCAGUAUCCGGUCUUUUGAUGAUCCCAUCGCUCUUUCCUCCUACAGUACAAACCGAGUUGUUAUCUCGUCUCCUUCAUCGAGAUCUUCCCAAUCCUGAACACAAAACCAAUCUCCACUUGCAUUAUGAUGUGACAUACCCGGAGAUCUCCCCCGGCAGCAAACACCAUCGGUCCUUCUUUGCGGAUGACUCCCUACGGAUGCUUCAGCCAAAGGAUCCUCAGGUGCAUAAACCUCUUAGCAUUCAGAACGUGUUGGAGAAGAAGCUCCGUUGGGUGACUUUGGGAGGCCAAUAUGACUGGACUGCCAAGGUCUACCCAUCAGAUCCUCCACCACCUUUUCCACAAGAUGUGGCGAAGCUACUAAGGGCUGCGUUUCCUCAGACCGAUGCUCAAGCCGCAAUUCUUAAUCUUUACUCCCCCGGUGAUACGCUCAGCGCCCACCGAGAUGUAAGUGAGGAGUGUGACGUAGGCCUGAUCAGCGUAAGUUUCGGCUGCGACGGACUCUUUCUGAUCAGCCACGACGAUGGUAAUGGGGCGGAAGUCAUUCGGCUCCGCUCCGGCGACACUGUGUACAUGGACGGCACAUCACGCUUUGCCUGGCAUGGUGUGCCCAAGAUCCUACCAGGCACAUGUCCCAGCUGGCUGGCAAGUUGGCCAUGUGUUGACGAGGAUCCAAGCGACUUUGGAUCUUCCCCCUACGAGAUGUGGAAAGGGUGGAUGUCUGGGAAACGGAUCAAUCUCAACGUGCGCCAGAUGACCUUUGGUCCAUGA